GGAUUAAAGAGAAAAAGGAUAUAAGAAAACGUUGGCCCACAUUCCUACCGUCUGCUACCUACUAUUACUCCAACACAUCAGAUCAAUAUCAAACUACUACUAUUCCUACUGCUACUACCUCCUCAUACAAUUAGGAAGCUAUUAUAGUUUCAUCAUCGAUUCACUUUCUAUCACUUAUACGCUUACUACCGAACAAUACUCAACCACAUAAUACUUCCCUACAUCAUCAAUUCUACUGCCUCAUCAACCAAUCUUCAGAGAGUCCUCAUAUCAUAACCUUUUGACUACAUUCAGACUCUCCAAGCAAUCAAUCAAACCACAACCAUGACAGCCCGAUACCAAGUCACCGAACCUCACCCUCACGUCGCCACAUCCUCAUUCAUCCAUUCCGGCCGCGGCGGCGCAGGAAACACAUUCAAGGCCCCCAAAACCACCAACGGUAGCAACGCCCGAGGACCCGCCUCUCUCUUCACUCUCGGCCUUCCCCAAACCUCAUCCAAAUUCAGCAGCGGUCGCGGCGGCGCCGGCAACAUUCUCCCCACCUCCAAAAAAGCCCCCUUCUCCUUCGACGAAGAACUCGAACGUCAAAGCACCCGCGAAAAGAAGAUGAGCGAAGGAGGCAUGUGGCACGUUGGACGCGGCGGCGCCGGAAACUACGCCAGUGGUCGACCAGCCAGCGAGCGCAAGAGCUCGACCAGCUCCGAGGACAGCAAUGGAAGUAUCCGCAGUGCGCGAAGUGGAGGAUUUCUCGAACGCUGGAAUUCGAGACACUCGACGAGAACGGCGUAGGAGUUGAGAGAUUAUUCUUUAUUCUUUUUUUUUUCUCUUUCAAAAAAAGGAAGAAGAGUCUCGAGACAUUUUUUUGCAAUUUGCAUCACGAUACCUAUGAUUUUUUUCUUCGCGGCGCGGUCUGACGUUAUCUACCUACCUAUCUGGGCAGAUGGGCAAACCUCCACUUUUCAACACCUAAAAGCAUUAUAAUGGCGUUUUCAACAUUACUACUUCACUCCCUCCUAAUAUACACACACAACCACUCAUCUCAUCUCGCAUUCAACACCAACGGCGCAACAAACGGGGAAAGGGAAGCAAAGCAACCAACAAACGGCAAACGGGCAGGGCAGGGUAGGGCAGGGUAGGACAGGAAAGGAAAGGAAACGGGAAGGGGGACACAAAAAAAGUUUAUUUGAUUUUGGGAUCUCAGAAUCCAUCAUUAGCUAGCUGAUAGAUAUCAUUCUAGCCUCUGAGUUUUUACUGAUUGUUAUUUUUUCUUUGGUCGAAUGAGCGAUUGGCGCUGCCUUGUAUGUUAUGUUAUCUAUCACCCAAAGUACUCAACUUUAUGAUACCCCGGAUUUUUCUUUCUAUAUUUGGAGAGACAGGGGAAGGAAGGAAGGAAGGAUGUAUGUAGGGGAGAUAAUUGAACGGCAGGAAGGAAGGAUGGAUGAAUGGAUUAGGUAGUUUUCUAUUGGGACAUUUUUCCGUUAUGAAGAUGGCUAUUACCAGAUUAUAUUCAAUACAAUACAAUAUCAUUACAUCAAACCA